GAUGGCGAAACCCAAGCGGCUCCCGGGGGGGUUUGAACUGGCCAAUGGGCGAGGUGCCGACCGGGUGUCGGAAAAGGAGGCGGAAGCGGGGAGGAGCCGCCGCCAGAGCCGGACUACAUCCGCCGCGGCGUCUCCAUGGCACGGCCCUGGCCUCCGACUUCAACGACUUCAUAAGGCGGCGUUUCUGGGCUCAGCCGUGUCGCUCCUGGACAGUUGCUGUGUGACUUGGACAGUAGAGGAGCGCCUCCCAAGUUUUCAUCCAACUGCCACCCCCAAAGCUUCCACUCUCCCCUCAGAGAGGACGUUUGAUGCCGGGCCCCUUGAGAGGCUCAUUGACAAGCCUGCCCCUCUGGGUCCCCCUGAGCAGAGCCUGCUGACCCACUUGCCCACUUUGCGGCUUUGAUGCCUAGCCAUGUCUGCCUCAUCCUCAGGCGGCUCCCCCAGGUUUCCAUCGUGCGGGAAGAACGGAGUAACGAGUCUCACGCAGAAAAAGGUCUUGAGAACACCUUGUGGCGCACCAAGUGUAACCGUGACGAAAUCUCACAAGCGAGGAAUGAAAGGGGACACUGUGAAUUUGCGGCGGAGUGUCCGGGUGAAAACCAAGAAUCCACCUCAUUGCCUGGAGAUCACGCCACCGUCUUCAGAAAAGCUGGUCUCAGUGAUGCGGUUAAGUGACCUCUCUACAGAAGAUGAUGACUCAGGUCACUGUAAAAUGAAUCAUUAUGAUAAGAAGAUUGACAGUCUUAUGAAUGCAGUUGGUUGUCUGAAGUCUGAGGUCAAGAUGCAGAAGGGUGAGCGCCAGAUGGCCAAAAGGUUCCUGGAGGAGCGGAAGGAAGAGCUGGAGGAGGUGGCCCACGAACUGGCUGAGACUGAGCAUGAGAACACGGUGCUGAGGCACAACAUUGAGCGCAUGAAGGAGGAGAAGGACUUCACCAUACUUCAGAAGAAACACCUACAACAGGAGAAGGAGUGCCUCAUGUCCAAGCUGGUAGAGGCGGAAAUGGAUGGGGCUGCAGCUGCCAAGCAGGUCAUGGCCUUGAAGGAUACCAUCGGGAAGCUGAAAACGGAGAAACAAAUGACCUGCACGGACAUCAACACCCUGACGAGGCAGAAGGAACUUCUCCUGCAGAAGCUGAGCACAUUUGAAGAGACCAACCGCACCCUCCGAGACCUCUUGAGGGAACAGCACUGCAAAGAGGAUUCUGAAAGACUAAUGGAGCAACAAGGAGCACUACUGAAACGGCUGGCGGAGGCCGACUCUGAGAAAGCGCGUCUUCUGUUGCUGCUGCAAGACAAGGACAAGGAGGUGGAAGAGCUCCUUCAGGAAAUACAAUGUGAGAAGGCUCAAGCAAAGACAGCCUCUGAGCUUUCUAAAUCCAUGGAGUCCAUGCGUGGGCAUUUGCAGGCACAGCUUCGGUCCAAAGAGGCUGAGAACAGUCGCCUGUGCAUGCAGAUCAAGAAUCUGGAGCGCAGUGGGAAUCAGCACAAGGCAGAAGUGGAGGCCAUCAUGGAGCAGCUGAAGGAGUUGAAGCAGAAGGGAGACCGAGACAAAGAGAGCUUGAAGAAGGCCAUCCGAGCCCAGAAGGAGCGAGCCGAGAAGAGCGAGGAGUACGCCGAGCAGCUGCACGUGCAACUCGCCGACAAGGAUCUUUAUGUUGCUGAAGCUUUAUCCACCCUGGAGUCCUGGAGGAGCCGCUACAACCAAGUCGUAAAAGACAAGGGAGACCUCGAGCUGGAAAUUAUUGUCCUGAAUGACCGGGUAACAGAUCUUGUAAACCAACAACAAACCUUGGAGGAGAAGAUGCGGGAAGACCGGGAUAGCCUGGUGGAGAGACUACACCGUCAGACUGCCGAGUAUUCUGCAUUCAAGCUGGAGAAUGAGAGGCUGAAGGCCAGCUUUGCCCCAAUGGAGGACAAGCUCAACCAGUCACACCUUGAGGUCCAGCAGCUGAAGGCCUCAGUGAAGAACUACGAGGGGAUGAUUGACAACUAUAAGAGUCAGGUGAUGAAGACCAGAUUGGAGGCUGAUGAAGUAGCUGCCCAGCUAGAACGCUGUGACAAAGAGAACAAGAUCCUUAAAGAUGAGAUGAACAAAGAAAUUGAGGCGGCACGAAGGCAGUUCCAGUCCCAGCUGGCUGACCUGCAGCAGCUCCCUGACAUCCUGAAGAUCACGGAGGCGAAGCUGGCUGAGUGCCAAGACCAACUGCAGGGCUAUGAGCGGAAGAACAUCGAUCUCACAGCCAUCAUAUCAGACCUGCGCAGCCGGAUCGAACAUCAGGGGGACAAGCUGGAGAUGGCGAGAGAGAAACAUCAGGCUUCCCAGAAGGAAAAUAAACAGCUGAGUCUGAAGGUGGAUGAACUGGAGAGGAAACUGGAGGCGACCAGUGCCCAGAAUAUCGAGUUCCUACAGGUGAUUGCCAAGAGGGAGGAGGCAAUCCACCAGUCCCAGCUGCGGCUGGAGGAGAAAACACGGGAAUGUGGGACCCUGGCAAGGCAGUUGGAGAGUGCCAUUGAAGAUGCGAGGAGGCAGGUGGAACAAACCAAGGAGCACGCACUCUCCAAGGAGCGAGCAGCCCAGAACAAAAUCCUGGACCUUGAGACCCAGCUGAGCAGAACCAAAACUGAACUGAGCCAGCUGCGGCGGAGCCGUGAUGAUGCGGACCGCCGCUACCAGAGCCGGCUGCAAGACCUGAAAGAUCGCCUGGAGCAGUCCGAGAGCACUAACCGCAGCAUGCAGAACUACGUCCAGUUCCUCAAAUCAUCAUAUGCUAACGUGUUUGGGGAUGGUCCCUACACCACCUACCUGACCAGCUCUCCCAUCCGCUCCCGAUCUCCUCCUGUCUGAGACCACCUAUCCAGGGCCUGGAGCCCUGACAGAAGCUGUGGGAACUCAGGAGUUGCCAAACCAUAGCUGGGAAGCCUGGUGGUUUUCCUCUCCCAGUGAUAAAAUGUGUUCAGGGUCUUGUCCUUAGCUACUAGCUCUAGAAAAGUCCCAAAAGCAGCAGAAGGUGAAGCAGGAAGCACUUGGUUUUCUCCUCCCUGAUACAGUCAACCUCAUGGAAGUUUUAAAAUUUCCUCGACAGGCCUUAAAUUUACUACUACAUUAGGGUACCAGAUUUUAACUUUCCAUGACUUUGCUCCUUCCUUUCCCGAGAAAAUAUUUCCACUGGAUUUUUUCCACCACUCCCCUUAUAGCCCUCAUUGUUUUAGGAAUCUCUCAGGUUUUCUCUGACCUAUACCAGCAGGAGCUGCUCCUGGGCUGUGAGCACCAUCACUUGCUGUUUUUUUCUGAUUUCACAAGUGUGGUGUUUUCCCAAGGCUCCCUUCCCGAGCUCAGUGCAAACCUGUCACUCCCGAGUUUCUUUGAGGCCACUUGCUCCCAAGCACUUCACAAUAGACCCUUGAGGGCUUGUGUCCAUUUGGCCUUUUAUAAGUGUAAUGCCAAUCUCAUUGAUUUUUCUUUCUCUUUGUCUGGUUUGUAUCUCCGGAAUGCAUUUAUUCUUGAAAUAUUUGUGUGAUUUUACAAAAAGGUUUUAUAAUCAGUUAUUUAAGGCUCCAUUUGAUUAUUUCCUUUACCCAACUGCUCCUCAUCCCUCCUCUAAAAAAUGAUAAAGUAAAAUGCUGCAGGAGAGCCAGUAGACAUUUUUUAAAUACUUGGUGCCUGAAACAUCAGGCUUUUCAUUUCAUUUUAGCUCAGGUUGAUGCUUUCACAUUAAAAUCAGUGAACUGUGAAGAGGAAACAAACUGUAAGAAGGUAUUACUCAGUGUUUUAGGGUAGACCACUGUAGCUGUUAAGAGGACGGGAUGGUGUACAGUAUAAAUUUUAUUUUUAAAGUGUGAA